AUGUCAACAAAGAAACAUAAUUUGUUGGCUAACUUUGCUUCAUCAGAUUCAAGAUUUACCCAACAGGAGCUUCCAGCAUGCAAACCAAUUCUUACUCCAAAAUGGGUGAUUCUGACUUUUCUUGUCUCGGGUGUUGUCUUUAUUCCUCUGGGAGUGAUUUGUCUAUUUGCUUCUCAGGGUGUCAUCGAAAUUGUUGAUCGAUAUGACACAGACUGCAUUCCAUUAUCCUCUAGGGAUAACAAAGUCCGAUACAUACAGGGCUUGGAAGAUAAGAGGUGUAACAGAACAAUAACGGUGACAAAAACUAUGAAGAAUCCGGUCUACGUAUAUUAUCAGCUAGAGAACUAUUACCAAAACCAUCGACGGUAUGUGAAAAGUCGACAAGAUGGACAACUGAGAAGUCCAAAAGAUGAACACGAAACCAAAUCAUGUGCCCCGGAGGAUACACUAGGUGGUCAACCUAUUGUUCCUUGUGGUCUUGUUGCUUGGAGUUUGUUCAAUGAUACUUAUGAUUUCACUAGAAACAACCAAAAACUUCCAGUGAAUAAGAAAGACAUCUCGUGGAAGAGUGAUAGAGAAUCAAAGUUUGGUAAAAAUGUCUUCCCAAAAAAUUUCCAGAAAGGAUCUCUCAUCGGCGGUAAAAGUCUUGAUCAAGAUAUUCCAGUAAGUCUUUUUGAUGUAUUGAAAUCUCAUCUUUUAAGGAAAAUAAUAAUCUAAAGUGAUAUAUAAGAGAGAUGAACCAAUCUACUCGCUAUCAAUCGAUAUCUAAACAUUUUUAAAAAUGUAUGGUUCUGAUAGUUGAGUGAGCAAGAAGAUCUAAUUGUCUGGAUGCGAACCGCGGCUUUACCAACAUUUAGAAAGCUGUAUGGCAAAAUAGACACUGAUCUUCAAGCUGGAGAUACGAUAAAGGUCUUGUUGCAGAAUAAUUACAACACUUAUAGCUUUAAUGGGAAAAAGAAGCUUGUGCUAUCUACCACUAGCUGGCUCGGUGGAAGGAAUGAUUUCCUUGGGAUUGCGUAUUUGACUGUUGGUAGCAUAUGCUUGUUCUUGGCUGUUUCCUUCUCCGUCUUGUAUCUAGCAAAACCAAGGUAUAUUAUAACAUUCUCUACAAUGCCACAUUUCGUUAGAAAGAUGCACUGGUUUUUGAGACUUUAAGAGUCCAUAUAGCAAUGACAAAAAUUUAUGUUACGAUUUAUCUAUGUGUUUCAGGCAACUGGGAGAUCCAUCGUACUUGUCAUGGAACAGAAGUGCUGGAGGUGGAAGAUGAUAGGAUUCUCUUAAGCUCUUGUUUGUUGUAUUUGGGAUCUGUCACAUACUUCUCCUUCUUUUGGUAAAUAAAUUCACUAUGAGAAUAGAUGUUUACCGUUUAUGAGAAAUUAUAUGUAUAGACACUAACCCAUAAGACUAGAGCGGCUCUUAUGAUAAGACUAUAUCACAUCAUAUAUAAUUUUUUUGUUUG